AAAACCACACUUAGUUUGGUUUCCUGUGAGAGAUGAACUCUGUACUUGAACACCACUGCAGUGUCACACCACCGUUCACGAUGGCUGGACAUCUUUUACUUCUCGUCUUGAUUACUGUGUGCUCUGAGACCAAGGGACAAGUCACAGACCUGGAGGCUCCUAAACUGAGUGUGGACCCAAAGAUCAUCACAAAAACAGGAUCAGUGCAUCUGAACUGUCAGACUCCUGCUCCUGUGACUGACUGUUUCUACAGUUUUGGAAAAACUCCGGCUAAAAAACUGCCCUGUCGUCACAGUGUGAACGGAAGCACACUUUUGUCAUUAGUGGGGAGAGACUCUCCUGGUGAAGUGAGCGUGACCUGUUUUUACCUCAGCUCCAGAAAGUCUCCACACAGUGAGAGGAAAGUCAUCAGUGUACAAGACCUUGGCCCGCCCGUCUUGUCUGUGCAUCCAUCAGUGAUCACAGAGUUUUCCACUGUGACCCUGUUCUGCCAGCCGCCCGUUUACGUCUCGACAUCGCGCUGCUCUUUCUACUCUCUGACAGGACUGAAGUGGGAGGGGCCUUCAUGUGUCCGGACUCUGAGAGGGUCUGAUCUGAUGAAGAACCAGCGCCCCCCGACUGAGCAGCAGCUCAAAUGUUACUACUUUGAGAAUGAAAACACAAGUCCAUCUCCACACACAGCGACAAAAUCAACAGUGACUGUUAAAGAUCUGGCUCCUCCCACUUUGACCAUGAUGCCCUCUGUGAUCACAGAGACAGACACUGUUACUCUCAGCUGUCAGCCUCCAUCUUAUGUCUCUGCUUCUAUUUGUUAUUUCUACACCACGAGUGGAAAAUCUCUGCACGUCACAGACUGUGUCCAAACUCUGAGAGGAUCUGAUCUGCUGAUGGUCACCCAAAGUCCUCCAACUGAAGUUCAGGUCCACUGUCUUUAUGUAGUGCAGCUGGAAUCUGCGACUUCAACAUCUCCACACAGCAAAGAGACAAAUGUCACUGUUCAAACAACCACCACCACAAAAACAACAACAACAACAACGUCACGUACAACUGCACAUUUAUUCAGCACUGAACCAACAACAAGCCAAGAGAAAACCACGAGCCAAAAUCCAGUACAAAGUGAGACUGCGAAGGCUCCCGGCUCAGAAAAUUCAUCUGCUACAAAAAACCUCAUUAUGUGGCUGACGAUUAUCUUGACAGCCUGUGGGGCGACUGUGGGCUGUGUCAUGCUGGUGGCGGCUUUUUUCUGCACAAAAAAGAGGAAGGAUAAAGUGAAGUCGCAGGACUCUUACCACUGUGAACAGCCGCUCUCUGGUGAAAAUAACCUGCGUGGCACUGAACCAGAACACGCUGCUAACUCAGCGUCUGUGUCUGUAAAUCAACCCAACGUGCAACCUGAUGAUGAGGCGGAUCCGUAUCACCCGUACGCUUCUAUUCCCGAUGAAAACUACUCCAGUCCAAAGAACAACUUCCAGUACAGUUUUCUGCAGAUGCACAACCACUGAAGUCAAACUGUGAGCUCAGCUGAUAGAGCGUCUGUCCACUGAUCAGAAGGUCGGAGGUGUGCGAUUCCGGCUCUCACAGAUGAAUGCUGUUGUUGUGUCCUUGGGCAAGAAACUCAACUCACUUUGCAUCUGCAUUCACUGGUGUUUGAAUGUGCGUGUGAGUGGUUCCUUAAUGUAAAACGCUUUGAGUGCCUUGAAGAUGGAAAAGCGCUGGAUAAAAAUGUGACCAUUUACUUUGAAUUUUUACAAACUGCGCUGUGAUCUUAUAGAGACAUUAUCAGAUGACGUCACUUUGUGCUUUACUGCGCAUGUCUCCUGCAAAAAGAGCCGCUG